CCCGGCCCGGCCCGGUCCGGCCAUGGCGCUGCUGCGGGCGGCCGCGCUGCCCGCCGAGGGCUGCCCGGCCUGGCUGCCCACGCACGUCCAGGUGACGGUGGUGCGGGCCCGCGGGCUGCGCUGCAAGGGCGGCGGCAAAGGCAAAGCGGGCGGCAGCGACGCGUACACCGUGAUCCAGCUGGGCCGCGAGAAGUACAGCACCUCGGUGGCCGAGAAGAGCGGCGGCAGCCCCGAGUGGAGGGAGGAAUGUGCCUUCGAGCUGCCCCCCGAGCCCGGGGCCUGCCCCGAGCUGGUGCUCACGGUGAUGCACCGGGCGCUCGUGGGCAUGGACCGGUUCCUGGGCCAGGCCCUGGUGCCCCUGGAGCCCGCCCGGCAGCGCGGCCGCGAGCCCGACGAGCGGUGGCACAAGCUGCACUCCAAGGCUGGGAAGAAGGAGAAGGAGCGUGGUGAGAUCCUGGUGAGCCUGCAGUUCACCAGGCACAGCCUGACCGCCAGCAUGUUCGACCUGUCCGUGAAGGACAAGGCGCGCUCGCCCUUCGGCAAGCUCAAGGACAAGGUGACAGGCAAGAAGAAGUACGACCUGGAGUCGGCCUCUGCCAUCAUCCCCAGCAGCAUGGCAGCCCUGGACAUGGAGGAUGACUUGGAGCUGGGGGGCAAGAAGUCCAAGCUGAAGGGUUUCUUCCUGAAGAACAAGCUGCGCCGCUCGUCGCUGACGCAGUCCAGCACGUCCCUGGGCUCGGACAGCACCAUCUCCUCUGCCAGCCUGAGCCUGGCAGCGCCCGUGCCCGACGUGCCCCGGUCCCCCAGCAGGCAGGGCAGCCUGUCCACCGAGCGCUCUGUGAAGGAGCUGCUGGCCUCGCCCAAGCUGAGCCACAAGAGAGCGUUCAGCGAUGAUGAUGCGGCCCAGCGCAGCCCCGCCGAGCCCGGCGCCCCGCAGAGCCCGCAGGCCCGCAGGGAGCCCGGCUCCCGCUCGUCCCUGUGCAUCAACGGCAGCCACGUGUACGGGGAGGAGGCAGCGGUGCCCAGGAACCCGCCCGCCUCUGCCCCCCUGCCCGUGCCCCGCAGGCAGGACGAGCCCCUGGGCUUCACCCCCCUGCCCGCCGAGCCCCCCUGGGGGCUGGGCAGCCUGGAGAGGGCCCAGCAGAGGGACGAGCCCAGGUUCAUCCCGUCCCCUCCCAGCCUGGCCCUGCAGGAAGAGCUCAAGGUGUCCACCAAGGCCGUGACCCUCAGCAACCACCUGGGCAGGGCCAGGAUGGAGGAGAGCGCCCGCCUGGAGGGCAAACCCAGCCAGGGUGCAGCUCCCCUAGGCUUCCCCACCGAGCCAGCCAAGGACAGAGCGCCUGAGGACGGCAGGAAGGAGGACAAGAAAGCCAAGGGAGGCUUCUUCCACCACGGGGGCAAAGGCCAGGGGGACAGAGGGACCCCCGUGCACGCCUCGGCCGCGGGGGAUGAGAGGAGUAAGAGCAGCGGCUGGUUUGGGUCCAAGGAGCCCAAAGAGUCCCCUCAGAAACCCAGUUUCCCGCCUGGGCCGCGUGCUGCACCCGAGGUCGCUGGGAGCUUUUAUUCCUCUGAGGAUUGCAGUCCCUCUGGCUCCCCAAGGCACACAGAGCCCCAGAGGGCGUCUCCAGCCCCGAGCGUUGGUGUCCCCGUGCCAGAAACCAGUCCCCCAGCGCCGGGAGAGCUCCCUCCUGCCGACACCGACACCGAGCCCGCCGUCCCCCCGCUGCCCUCGGAGUGGGACGAUACCUUCGAUGCCUUUGCCACCAGCAGGCUCAAACCAGAGCGGAACAAGGAGAACUUCUUUGCCUCGGUGGCAGCAGAGGGCAUGGCUUUCAUCGAUGACCCCAGAGCCAGCCCGACCGAGAGCUCAGCGGGGCCGCCCUGCCAGAAGGGCUCCCAAGUGUUCGAAAAGGCGGCUGAAAUCCCUGCGGCUCUCCGCUCUUGGACAAAUUUCUCCGCUUUAGACGUGGGGGCCAACCUGGUGAGCACCACCCAGGAGGCCACGGUGAUCGAGGACGUGCUGAGCCCCGUGUCCGCGGGCUCCAUGGCCAGGAGGAGGAAAAGCAGCACGCCCAUGGUCUGGACAGCCGCCUUUGCCUCGGGCAACCCCGGGGACAAAGAGGCAUCAACGGCACUGAGCACUGAAAAUAGCGCUAGGGAGGAGGGGGACAGCGGUGAGGAGGAGCCCUGCAGCACGGGGACGAACGGCUGGAUGACCAUAGCCACGGAGAGCGCCGCCGAGCCCUCCGAGAGCGCCGGGGAGCACACGGCGGCUCCUCAGGGCCCCUUCGGCCCACGCCCGCCCUUCCUGGGCGAGGGCACCUUUGAGGCCCAGAGCUCGUCCCGUGCCACCACCACCACCACCUGUGUGCUACCCAGGAGCUCCUUCCCCUCCGAGCCGGCCCCCGAGGCCCCGCCCGGCAGCACCGUGGUGGCGGCCGUGCCCCCGCGGGUGCCGGGGGACGCGGCGGGGCUGAGGUUCCCCGAGGCGGGCGCGGAGCCCGGCGGCGGCCGGGAGGGCGCCUUGGACAUCCGCAGCUCGGUGUUCCGGCUGCAGGCCAGCAUGCGGCUGGAGGCCAGCGAGGGCCUGCUGCACUUCAGCUCCGACAUCCGCGAGAGGCGCGUGGUGCUGGCGCCGUGGGCAGCGCCCCAGGGCCGCCCGGAGCCGCCGCUCGGCCCGGCCGGGCCGCCCCCCAAACCACCCCGGCGGUUCGCGGCCGCGGGCCCCGUGGGGGACGGCGAGGACGAGGAGCUUGGUGGCGCCCAGCGAGGCAAGCAGGAGCCAUGGGAAGAGUCAGAGGGCCCAGGAGCAGAGAUGGAGUUGCCGAGGAGCCGUGCGAGCAGCGAGCCCUCCGUGCCGGCGCCUCCCAGCCUGCCCUCAGCCGGAGCGGCCGCCGCUGAAGCCGGGAGAGAGUUCGCAGCGUCCGAGGGUGCCAGAGCUGCUGCUGUGGACUCAGCAGCUGGCUUGGAGACAGGAGCCGGCCAGCUGGGGGCAGGGGACACCUCUGUGGGCAAACACCCAUCAGAGAUGAACGAGACAGAGGUGGCCGAGCAGUUUGAGACUUGCACAUCCAACUUCUCCCUGGAUGGACUGGACCGGUCGGGUGCCGAGGAGAGCUGGAGCCAGCCCCGUUUAUCCCCUCAGGGGGCCACAGACAGUGCCAAGUGGGAAAUGGCCUCCAAGCAGGAGCUGUUCCCUGAGGAGCUCAGUAUUUCAGGACUGAACCCACCUUCCAAGCUAGACCUGGGCCAGCCGACCAGCUGGACAGCUCUGGAAGAGCAGGAGGCAGCUGGGCACCCACACCCGCAGCCCCCAAGGUCAGAGCACAGGCAGAGGCCGUGCCAGCUGGAGCUGGCGUGCCAGGAUGGCGAGGGGCGAGCAGGAGAGCAGCCCGAGCCCCGUGCCCCUCCCCAGGAGACAGAGCAGGGCAGGACCCCCGCCAGCGAGGAGCCUGAGGGGCGCUGGGCAGAGAGCAGGAUAGACUUCAAGAAAGCCGAUUUCUGGAAGCCAGAUAGGACAGAGAGGCACACACAGGGAGCUUCAGCCCCGAGAAACCCCUUCACCCUGGCGCUGAGCCCCAAUUCCCCGAGCAACCCCUUCGUGGAGAGGCCCCCAGCCCCUGUCCCUGUCCAGGCUGUGCUGCCCGAAAAGCUUGAGCAGGGCGACUUCAGCUUCCGCAGCCCGCAGGAGGAGGCCCCCGGGCACGGCUUGCAGCCCACUAACGCUACCCCCCUGCAUGUCAGCCAGCCCCUGGCCUUCUCCACCCCUUUCCCCGCGGCUGCCACUAACCCCGAGCCGUGUGGCCGCCCCCGGGCCCCCGCGGGGGUCCCUGCCCGCCGCGCCGCCGCCCGGCCCUGCCCGUGCCCGCAGCCCGGGGAAGCUUCGGCGCUCCUGGUUCUGCCCAGGGAGACACGGCCGGCUGAGAAACCCCUUGGCCAGCAGACGACCAGCCCCCACCCCGUGAAGCCCCUGAGUGCUGUGCAGGAGGGCUCCAGCGAGAGGAAGCAGCAGCACAGGGCCAGCCUGAGCAAUGGCCUGGAGAGGCUGAAGACAGUGACCACGAGCAGCGUGCAGCCCCUGGCCCCGGCCUCCCAGCAGGACAAAAGCGACCCCAAGGUAAAGGACCCUGGCCAGCUGGACCAGUCAGCCAAGUAUUACCACCUGACCCACGACGAGCUGAUCCAGCUGCUGCUGCAGAAGGAGGGCGAGCUGAGCAAGAAGGAGGAGCACAUCCACGAGCUGGAGAACUACAUUGACCAGCUGCUGGUGCGCAUCAUGGAGCAGUCCCCCACGCUGCUGCAGAUCCCUCUGGGGGGAGGCCAGGCCCCCUGAGCCUGCCCAGGGCAGCAGCACCCAGCAGAGCUGUGCCCCCUGAGCCUGCCCAGGGCAGCAGCACCCAGCAGAGCUGUGCCCCCUGAGCCUGCCCAGGGCAGCAGCACCCAGCAGAGCUGUGCCCCCUGAGCCUGCCCAGGGCAGCAGCACCCAGCAGAGCUGUGCCCCCUGAGCCUGCCCAGGGCAGCAGCACCCAGCAGAGCUGUGCCCCCUGAGCCUGCCCAGGGCAGCAGCACCCAGCAGAGCUGUGCCCCCUGAGCCUGCCCAGGGCAGCAGCACCCAGCAGAGCUGUGCCCCAGUACCCACCACGCUGCCAAGACCCCCGCACCCCCUCCUCUCGCCCGAGGCCUCCAGUGGCUUCUGUUCCCAGAGUUAGCAGGAAGGGUUGGCUGCUCCUUCCCAGCCCCAGCUUAGCCCAGCUCGGCUCCAGGGAGCUGUAGGGUGGUGGGCUGCCAGCACCCUAUGGGGAGGAGCAGAGCCCUCCCCACCAGGCAGGCGCCUCCCUGGGUUCCUGUCGCUGUGACCAAGUGCCACCUCCCAGGCACUCCUCCUGCCAGAGCUUUAAGUGACCCCUGGACAUCUGAGAGCUGGAAACCAUCUCCUCGUGACUUCAUCCUGCUGCUGCUGCUCCUCUGCCCACACUCCUCCUCCUCCUCUCUCCCCUGAGGGUGGUGUCCUCUGGCUGGUGUUGGGCUGGUGGGUGACACUGGGGACACUGAGACCCCCUGAGGCUCCCCCAGCACGUUCCUGACCAGAGCCUGUGGGAUGCCCCUUCCCCUCCUGCCCCAGUUACCCCCAGUGAAGGGUGAAGAGCCAACUCCAGUUUGUGCCACUCCCUCAGCACACUUGUGGGAGAUGCUCCACACAGGGACAGCGCCAGGCCUGGUGGUGUCAGAGCCUGGCUGGGCCACGCUGGCUCUGUCACAGCACCCGUGCCAGGCUGACACUGCCUGGGUGCCUCAUGGCUGGACUGGGAAUAUGGCAGAGGUGCUCCAGGAGUGCUGCAGGAGAUGUCUGCAUGCCCACACCCAGCAGAGGCUGCUGUGCCCUGGAGGGACCAAGGAGUGCAGAAUCCAUACUGAAUUUCCACUCAGUAUCCCCAGGAAUGGCUGCUCACAGCUGCCCUGCCCUGGCCUGCCUCGUCUGUCCAGCACAGCCAGAAAAUGCCCCCAGAGCGAGGUCUGGGGGGUCUGACCCCUCUGUAGGGCCCCUGCGGGGUCAGGCACCCCAAACCCUCCUGGCACAGCCCAGAAUUCCCAAAUCUGGCGGGGCAGUGCCCAGCCUGCUCCCCUGAGCACAUCCACACUGGGAUGGGCUCUCCAGGGCAGUGCCCAGCCUGCUCCCCUGAGCACAUCCACACUGGGAUGGGCUCUCCAGGGCAGUGCCCAACCUGCUCUCCAGGGCAGUGCCCAGCCUGCUCCCCUGAUACAUCCACACUGGGAUGGGCUCUCCAGGGCAGUGCCCAGCCUGCUCUCCAGGGCAGUGCCCAGCCUGCUCUCCUGAUCACAUCCACAGGCUGGGAUGGGCUCUCCAGGGCAGUGCCCAGCCUCAGGGGCAGCUCUGUUCCCUGCUGUCCCCCGAGUGACCACCCAAAGGUGAAGUAGUGUGAGACCACAACUGUUUCCUUUGUUCCAGUUGUAAACUUGUCUGUUGCAAUCUUCAUCAAAUUCAGUAUAUCAUCUCUUUUGGCGUGCCAAUUCCCCUUUUUGUUUCCAAUUUUGAAGUAAAGUUAUGUUUGAAGUAAAAUUAUAUAAAGUAAGCUGGCUAAGGCUGCAGGGACCCCCUUGAAGGCCUGAGGGGAUUCCAGCCCAUAUUCAGUCUCCACAGACAAGGAACACUCCCUGGGGCAGCACUUUGGGAUGGAGUGAGGAUGAAGAAAGUGUAGGACUGGUGUAAUUGCACCAGUUUGGAGGGGUAUCAUUUUUGUUAAAUGGGGUUACAUCUUUCCUAUGGGUAGACCUGAUAAGUUCAAGGUGGGUCAAGUGUUGGUUGGGAGGUUGAUAUUGAAGUUGGACACAAUAAUGAGCUUUGAAGGACCCCAACAGCUCUAACUCCUGGAAUUUCUCUGGUGCUCAAGGCAGGGGGGUCUCUACCCAUCCCAAGCAUCUGCCAGGUUGUGUUUCUUAUCUGUAUGUGGGUAUUCAUUUGCUGCUAAGGAACCCCUACCAGGCACAUUGCCAGAGGGUUGUCCACGCUGUCCAUGGACAGGCAGAGAUUGUCCUGCUGUAAAGUCUUGGCCAGUGUGACCCAGAUGUUCUGGCUGGGCUGAGGGACAAUCCAUGCACCAGCUGAUGGAAAGGUGAGCAGCAUCCAAAAUCCUCUCUGGAACAGCUGGGGGUUCCCUGCCACUGGAGCCAUGGUAGAAUACCUGGGGAUGAGUUGAUCUGUGAUUUUGAAAAAAUGGAUUUUUAGACUUAUAUGAAUUUAACAGCCCCUCAUAUCUUCCCAUCUGAUCCCCUCAGUUUUUACUGAGUAGGAAAGAGGAGGGAAAACAAGAGGGGAUAACAAUGCAACAAACUAAAGAGGGGUAGCACUAAAACCAGCCAAAGAGGGGUAACAGUGCAAAACAAUGAGCAAAUGAAACUCAACAGUCCUAAUAAUCUUCUGGAGCAGUGCAGAGUCAUCUUCUGUGGCUAACAUCUGUGUUUACACUCUUUUUCCUUCUCUGCUCCACACCACCCAAGCUGAUGUCUUUGCUGUGUCUGAGGUUCAGGGGGAGUGUCUCUGGGUGCUGCAUCUGGCAGUUUGAUACACAGCCUGACAUUCCUGCCUGGACUCCACCUUGGGCCAGAUCCUGUAGACAUGCCAGCAUAGCCUCUACCCUAAGGAAUUCAUUUAAAUGGGCUCAAUAUUUGUUUGGACUGGGGGUCUUUGAUCAGCACAGGGGGUUUCUCUGUGAACUGGGAUCUGUGCAUAUUGGAGAAGUGUCUGACAAUGGGGGAUUUGGCUCCAUGAAUGAAUUAUUAAGAAAAUUGAUGACAUAAAGAGCCUUACAUAAUCUUCCUACAUCCAGUAGUGUUUCAACUCCCCCAUGCUGCUGAUCAAGGACUCUCUUGAGUGUGCAGUGAGGCCUCUAUACAACAGAUUGCCCUGUUGGUGAAUGGGAAUGCCACUGGUGUGUUUCACCCCACAUUGAUCUGGGAACUGUUUGAAAUUUUUGGAGGUGUAAGCAGGACCAUUAUCUGUUUGGGGAAUGCCUAGGGUGGAGAAUGCUAGGAAAAAAUGUUGGAUGACAUCUUUUGUCUUUUCUCCUGCAUGGGCUGAUGCAAAUACUGCCCCAGAGAACUUAUCUAUGGAAUGAAGGCAUUAAGGGCCAAAAGCAGCUCAGAGUUCUUGUUACACCAUUUUCCUCUAGCCCCCAUGGGGAAGCCUACAUAAUCAAUAUCUCCAUUAGUCAGGUCUUGUGUUUGUGAAUGAGUUUUUGCCUCCCAAAAGGUGCAUAAUGUGUGACAUCUGUUUGCAAAAGCUGUAAACUUUCAAUGCCUUGGGGGUUGACCCUGGCCCUCAGAGAGGACAAAGCAAACUCCUGGCAAUUGGGGCAGGAGCCCACGAUUGCUCUUGCCUGUUCUCUUGUGAUUUUAAACAUUCUGACAAGGGCUGGCACAUUUUGGUGAAAAAACUGAUGGCUCAAUUUAGCCUGAUUGAAAAUAUCUGCCCUCCAGUUGCCUUCUGUAGCUGGUCCUGGGAGGUCAGUGUGUGGCCUCACGUGCAUGAUGUGAUAUGGCUGCUCUCAGUGGGAGAGGAGGUAUGUUCAUUUUGGGAGAAAUCUAGAUUUGGCACUUCCUGCAACAAGGAAUGUUCUGCUCUCUCAGCUAUUCCAGCAACAUAGGCCAAAUCAGUGACUAAAUUUAAGGGUUGUUUGAAUUUUUCAAAGGCUCUGACAACGGCUGCUAAUUCUGUAGUUUGUGGGGAUCCUUGAACAAUCUGAACAUCAGACUCCCAUUCUUGAGUGUCAGGAUUCUUCCACAUCAUAACUGACUUGUGGGAUCCCCCUGAACCAUCUGUAAAUACAGUCUAUGCCUUUAGAGGAGUUCUACUUUUUAAUGAAUUUGGGACCAAAUUAAAGCAAGCAUUAAAUAGUUUCUGCUUUGGUAGGUGGAUGAAGAUUUGGCCUGGGUAGCUGUCCGAGCAAACUGGAGGUGUUCAGUGGUUUGGAGCAAAGGUUCUGGCCUGUUCAAUGUCUCUGGAAGACAGAUGCCUGUAAAUUCACACCCCACCAGGGUCCUGAGGUGAGCUCUGGCCUUUCUGAUAAGCUGGGCCUAAGCUCCUGAGGGGUUGUGGUGUCUUAUUUGGUCUGUGUGAUUGAAACACCCACUCUGUGAUUAGGAGCUGAUCUCUCAGAGUGGGUCCCACUGGAAAAUGAGCCCAUGGAAUUUGGGUGGUUUACCCAGGAUGACAAAUUGGAAAGGCAGGGUAGGAUCAGCACUGUGGGCUUGUCUCUGUGCAAUGCUUCUGAUACCUCCUGGAUCACUUCAUGGGCCUUUGGUGUGAUGGUUCCUGGGGAGUCGAGGUCAUCAGGGCCUCUCAGGAGGUUGAAAAGGGGUGCAAGGUCCUCAGUCAUGAUCCCUAGCAGUGAACAAACCCAGUUUAUGGUCCCACAUAGCUGAUGAAGGUCCCUCAGGGUCCUUGGGUUGUCAUCAUGGUGAGCUGCUGGGGCACAUUGGUCCUUUAGCUGAGCCAGAGUCCAAGGUAGGUCCAUGGGCAGAUGUGCUGAAUCUUCUCAGUAACAAUUUCAAAUACUGCUCCUUCAGUGGCUUGGAUAGUCUGAGAACAGUGUCCAAAUAGUAGUCAGUCUCAGUGCAUACUGAAAUAUCAUCCAGAUGGUGAAAAAUUAUGGCAUUGGGGAAUUUUUCUUGAAUGGGCAAGAGAAUGCAAGCAACAAAGAUUUGGCAGAUGGCUCAGGAGUUUUUCAUCCCUUGAGAAAGAACUUCCAUUGAUACCUUUUUAGAGGGGCUUGUCUAUUAACUGAUGGCACAGAAAAUACAAAUCUUGGGGCAUCUCUAGGAUGGAGUGGGAUAUUUAAAAACCAAUCCUUAAUAUCAAUGACUGCCAGUUUCCAAUCUCAGGAGCAUUGAAGGUGAGGGCAGGCCAGGCUGUAACAAUGACCCCGUUGACAUUUCUGAGGUCUUGUGGGAGCCUCCACUUGCCUUUGCCUGGUGUAUGAAUGACAAAGACAGAGGAGUUCCAAGGGCUGGUGGUGGUACUGUGUGGCCCUUGGAUAGCUGCUCCUGCACUAGGGAUUCGAGUGCCUUUGGUUUGACUUCUGCCAGGGGCCUCUGUUCCACCCAAAUGGGACCAUCUGACUUCCAUGUGAGUGGUGGUGGGGUGCUCUGCAGUGGCCCAGCUGGAAAUGCUGUGGGUGUGAAGGCAUUUCUGGUCUGGCUCCCCAUUGUCUCUGCCCCACAGAAGGACAGGUGCCUUUACCACAAAAGGUCUUCCUGUGGCAGUUUGACCCUCAGGACCUUCAGUAAGGAUUGACCUUUUACUCUGCAGAGAUGGGGCAGCUGCUCCAAUCCCAGAGAUGAUCCAAAGGCUGGCUCCAGUUCCCAGCCCUGUGGCCACCUGGAGUGAGCAGUGAUGGUGGCAUCUGACCUGCUGUGAGCCACACCUGGAAUAGAAACUUUGGUACCUUUGUUAGACAAGGCACACUCUAUAAGAGGUCUGUCUUGGCCUAGCAUCUCUGCCCAAAAAACCAUAGGAUUUUCUGGCAAAACAUCAGCCCAGGUGGGUACAAGAAAAGCUUGGGUAUAGGUGUGCCCAAAGUCAAACACCAGGGUGGGUCUGUACAUAUUACAGUCACAGUGAUCUCAUCCAUUGGCCCCACAGUGUGGACUUCAGGAAGCACAUGUAACUCAUUAACAGUGUCUCCUAUGAUUAAAACACCCCCUGGCCCAUCAGGAGGUCCAGGUUUACCAGCUGGAAUUCAGCAGAUCACUUCAUCCUCAAAUUCAACAGAAAAGGGCUCUCACCAGCGUUCUCUGCCUGAACAUGUUGGUAGCCUGGGAGAGUCAGCACCUUCCUCACAGUCAUUGUCAUCAUAGGUGGUUUCUCUGUGCCUCAAUGCUCUGAGGUUGUGGGAAAAGAGGGAUGAAACAGCUCAAAAGAACGAUCUCGCAGGAGUUUCACUGAGUCAACAGCCCUUGAGGUCUUGAGGGUAGUCAGUUGACUGCUAAGAAAUUCCCCAGAAAAUUGGGCUUUUUUCCCUUGGGGAACUGGAGCACUUGGCUGCAACUUAAAAUCCAGUGGCUGGCCAGUGGAGAUGCUUCAAAGGGCUAACAAGAAACCCCACAGUCAGGGCACCAGUUUGUAGCAGCAUGGCGAUUAGAUGGUGGAAGCUGCAAGCUGCUACCUGAUUCCCAAGAAAUAUCUCCUGUGGAAAAGCUGCUUGGGUAGGAAUUCAAGCAGGGCAGUCAAGUCCUUUUUUUUUUUUUUUUUUGGUGUUUUGUUGGGGUUUUUUGGGGUUUUUUCUUGGGGUUUUUUUGGGUUUUUUUCUGCCAGAUCCCAUUUGUCCUAGAGUUGUGGCUGCUGGAUCCCAGCAAGCACGGAGCAGCAGGGAGGGGUUUGUCCAUGAGCUCCUGGAGACAUCUAGGGGGGCUAGUGGUGGCAGGACAGCCCUGUCCCUGCACUGAGGGCUGGAGGAGCCCCCAGUCUGUACAAAGGUGGGAUCUGCUCCGUGUGGGGACAGCCCCAUCCCUGUUCCUCUGUUCCCUCAGUCGCUGUCUGAGUAGGCUCCCAGCAAACCCAGCAAGGACGUGGCUGCCGGUGGUGCUGGAAGGGAGCUGGUGCUGGCUGUGAUGCCGUGGGUUCCCAUCCCCUUAUCCAGGGCAGAAGCUGCUUUCUCCUUCCUGCGGGCCACCAGCCCGGCCAGCCGGGCCCUGGUGCUGAGCUUGCCCACGCUGCACUCCCAGCUUUCCAUCCUCAGCCUCUUGCUCUGGGGAUCCUCCUGCGGGAUGUCCAUGGGUUUUGUUUGACUUGUGGGAUUUGGACAGCGUUUUGCUGGUUCCUCAUUGGAGUCAGAAUCCACCAGGAGCCGGCGGCUCUGGGCCUGUUCCAACAUGGCCUUCAUCUCCUGCUCAUCUUCCUCCUGCUCCUUGCGCCUCUGCUUCUCCUCCACCUCCUUGUGCUGCUGCAGCAUGGCCUCAAAAUCCACGUUGGCCUGGCGCUGGUUGAGCUCCUUCAGCUCCUGCAGAUUCUCCAGGAUCUCCAUCUCCAGCUUGGAGUCCUUGGUUCGGUUCUCCAGGACCUUCAUGGGAUUGUUGAGCUCCUCCUCUUCCCUCUCCUUCUGCAUCCUCUUCUCCUCCUCCUCCAGGAGCUUCUGUGCCUGGAAGUUCCUGGUGGCGCCGUGCUCCAUGGCGUAAUCUGUGUUCUGGGGGUCUGUCUUGAAGGUGAUCCCAGCCAGGCAGCGCGGGCACUUGAUGUAGAAGCGGAAGAUGGGCAGCCCCAGGUAGGACUCGUUCUGCACCGUCUCCUUGCGGGCGUUGAACUUCUUGCCCUUGUAGAUGUACUCCCCACACGUCCUGCACCUCAUGUUGAAGGGGGCCAUGAGCCUCACCACGUACUGCCGCUCCUUUGGGAGCCUCAGCUUGGGGAUCUUGGUGGGGUCGAAGUCUGGGGGGUAAUAUUUGUUCAGCACUUUCCGUUCCGACAUGGCCGCAGCUUCUCCCGCUCCCCAGAGCUGCCCCCGUGCCACUCACCCCACGUUGGGCACCACCUUGGAGAGAGUGGGGUUCAGAUGGUGUGGAAGUUGCUGCUAAUUCCCAAGAAGGCUCUUGUCUUGGUUUGAAAAGCCAGCUGUCUGAUGAGGAAGGCAGGAGCCUCCCCUGAAAUGGAAAAUGGAAAGAAGGGUGGUUCUGCUGGAGCAGGGAUCCUGCACAAGGGGAGAGUUUUCCUCUGCAGCUCCAGGGCUGCUGGAGAUGGGCCUGGGCUCCCUCUGGCAAUGCAGUGGGCAAAGGCUGCUGUGGUGUUCCAAAUCUCAGAUUAUAUGCAGGUAGGAAUGCUUGGCUCCUCCCCAUCUCCCAAUGGGAUGGUGGAAUUUUAUCUGUGUGACUCAAUGGCCCAUUGGCAGAAGAUAAUUAGUAAUUAAUGGCCCAUUAACAGAGGAUAUUUCCCAGAGGGAGGAUUGGUUGUGGAAGAGAUAAACUGCUCAAUUAACAGAAGAUAACUGCCACACCUCCAACAGAUGGGAACAGAACACACAACUAAAUCUUUCAACCUAAGACACAUCUCAUGUGGAAAAGGCUGCUUGGGUAGGAAUUCAGGCAAAGCAGUCAAGUCCACACACUGCACUCACCAUGGCUAGCUCAGCUCACUGAGGCAAGAAGGGCCUUUUGUAGGAUAAAUUCCAGCGAGGUUUAUUCCAGCAGGCUGAAGGGAAAUCAGGGACAAAGAGCAGACCAUGUGCUCUGCAUGAUCAGGUAUGGGUCAGCAGGCAGUGCUGAGGGCACAGGGGUGGCACUGGGCCCUUUGUCCUGCCCUACAGGGAAAACAGGACAGGCACCAGGGGUACCACAGCCAGUGAGGAGACAGGGAAAGGAGAAACCUUGAGGAUUUGGGACAAAUGGAGAAGGAAGCUGGGAAGAUCAGUGUUGGGAGGCUCCAUGGGGAAGUCUUCUCUUUCAGCCUAGGCGGGGAAAUCUCUGUGGUAGAUCUUUCCAUGCUGAAGCCUGGAGGUUUCAAAGGAUUCCCCACCUGAUUUACCUGGCUGAACUGGAGCUACAGUGGAAGGGGAUAGGAAGGAUGUUGUUCCCUCCCUCAUCCUGCCAGGAUUUUGGCUGUAGGAGGUGGCUGUGCAGGCAGAGGGGCAGUUGGAGUGGGAUUUCAGCAUGAAAGGCAUCUUCUCCCUCUUCUCUACCUCCCAAAGUCACUGUGCUCUUUUAAAACCUCCCUGCUCUUCUCUUUACUUGCUUCAGUAUAGACCAUGCCUUUGAAGAAUGGUGCCUUUUGCCACAGGCCAGUAGCAGUUUCCUACCCCAAAGAGGCUCUGCAACCCAAUUCUCCAUCCCACACAACCUGCCUGGGGCUGGUUCCUCCUCUCUUUUCCUUCUCACCAAGCAAAGGGAGUUAAUUGUCACCCGGGGACAGCAGAGCCUCCCCACCCCCUGUGCAGGUGCCCUGGCUCCUCCAGGAGUUGUGCACAGCAGCUCAGGAGAGCUGGGAGCAGAGAUCAGGAGCUGACACAGCAGGAAGGGCAGGCUGAGUAUUCCAAGCUAAAGUGCAGCUGGAGACAGAAGUGGCUCAGGAGGAAAGGAGCUCUGUCCUGUCCAAGCCUUGCACCCCUGCUCGAGGAGGAGGAGGAGGAGGAGGAUGUGUUCCCUGGGAGAACAGCAGCCAUGAACCUCCCACUCCUUCCUGCCUCUCCCCUCCUGGGAAACACCUGAGGUUUGCACUGCUCCAGCUGCUCCUGCUGCGUUCCUGCUCCUCCUCCCUCUGCGUGUCUGGGCUGGCAUGGGGGUGUCCAAGGCAAGUGUUUCUCCCGUUUCAGAAGGUGCCAGGAACCUCUGUGCCUGUAGGGUCAGAUCCCGUGCCCUGGCAGCCCGAGCCUUCUCUGGGUGCCCAGCUGUGCCCAGCUGUGCCCCUGGGAGCAGUCAGGGAGGAGCUGUGGGCACUGGGAAUGCAGCCCUGGGGGUGCAGCAGUGCUGGGCAAAGGGAGAGGGAUUCCUCAGUGGGCAUUAACGGGGCAGCUGCAGGGCCAACAUCUCCCACGGGGCUCCCAGCCUCGCAAAGAUCCUGCUCUUGGCCCUGUGCCCUGCAGGGACGGCUCUUGGUGCUCCCCACACAAGUGCCAGUGUUUGUAUGGAUCCCACAGCCCUCCCUCCCACCUCUGCCUCCCCUCAGUCGUGUCUCACCGCCUCCCUCAGCCCCCUCUGCCUUAGUCAGCUCUGCCUUGUUUUGCUCCAAAAGCCUCAACGUUUUGCACUUGAAUAUAAAAAGUGACUCUCAGAGCUCAGCAGGCUGUACCAGGUGUGCAGCCCUGCAGCAAUAGGUGCUUGCACAUCUCCUGUUUGCAGCAAUACUUGUUCUGUUCUAGCAACACCUGUUCUGUUCUAGCAAUACCUGUUCUGUUCCACAUCUCCUGUUUGCAGCAACACCUGUUCUGUUCUAGCAACACCUGUUCUGUUCUAGCAAUACCUGUUCUAUUUCUGUAGCCAGCAAUACCUGUUCUGUUCUAGCAACACCUGUACUGUUCUAGCAAUACCUGUUCUGUUCCCCAUCUCCUGUUUGCAGCAAUACCUGUUCUGUUCUAGCAAUACCUGUUCUGUUCCCAGCAAUACCUGUUCUAUUUCUGUAGCCAGCAAUACCUGUUCUGUUCUAGCAAUACCUGUUCUGUUCCCCAUCUCCUGUUUGCAGCAACACCUGUUCUGUUCUAGCAAUACCUGUUCUAUUUCUGUAGCCAGCAAUACCUGUUCUGUUCCCAGCAAUACCUGUUCUGUUCCCCAUCUCCUGUUCCCAGCAAUACCUGUUCUGUUCCCAGCAAUUCCUGUUCUGUUCCCCCAUCUCCUGUUCCCAGCAAUACCUGUUCCUUCCUUUCCUGCCUUUCCAGCAACGGGUGCUUUGCCAUCUCCUGCCUUUCCAGCAACACCUGUUCCCUCCUCUCCUGCCUUUCCAGCAAUUCUUGUUCUAUUCCCUCAUCUCCUGUUUCCAGAAAUCCCUCAUCUCUUGCCUUUCCAUCAAUGGGUGCUUCCACACCUCCUGUCUUUCUAGCAAUACCUGUUCUGUUCCCUCACCUCCUGCCUUUUCAGCAAUGGGUGCUUCCAUAGCUCCCAUUUCCAAGCAAUAUCUGCUCUUUCCAUCUCCUGCCUCUUCAGCAAUACCUGUUCCCUCACCUCCAGCCUUUCCAGCAAUUCCUGUUCUAUUCCUUCAUCUCCUGCCUUUCCAUCAAUGGGUGCUUCCACACCUCUUGCCUUUCUAGCAAUACCUGUUCUGUUUCCUCAUCUCCUUCCCUUCCAGCAAUGGGUGUUCCCAUAGCUCCUGCCUUUCCAGCAAUACCUGCUCCUUCAAUCCCCUGCCUUUCCAGCAAUACCUGCUCCUUCAAUCCCCUGCCUUUCCAAGAACAUGUGUUCCCUCAUCUCCUGCCUUCCCAGCAAUUCUUGUUCUAUUCCCUCAUCUCCUGUUUCCAGAAAUCCCUCGCCUCCUGCCUUUCCAGCAAUGGGUGCUUCCAUAGCUCCCAUUUCCAAGCAAUAUCCUUUCCUUCACCUCCUGCCUUUCCAGCAAUUCCUGUUCUAUUCCUUCAUCUCCUGUUUCCAGCAAUACCUGUUCCCUCACCUCCUGCCUUUCCAGCAAUAGGUGCUUCCACACCUCUUGCCUUUCUAGCAAUAUCUGUUCUGUUCCCUCCUCUCCUGCCCUUGUAGUAAUGGGUGUUUCCACAUCUCCUGCCUUUCCAGCAAUACCUGCUCCUUCCAUCUCCUGCCUUUCCAGCAAUGGCUGCUUCCACACCUCUUGCCUUUCUAGCAAUACCUGUUCUGUUCCCUCAUCUUCUGCCUUUCCAGCAAUGGGUGCUUCCAUAGCUCCCAUUUCCAAGCAAUAUGUGCUCUUUCCAUCUCCUGCCUUUCCAGCAAUAUCUGCUCUAUCUCCUGUUUCCAGCAAUACCUGUUCCCUCCUCUCCUGCCUUUCCAGCAAUAGGUGUUUCCACACUUCCUUUCUAGCCAUACCUGUUCUAUUCCCUCAUCUCCUGUUUCCAGCAAUCCUGUUCCCUCACCUCCUGCCUUUCCAGCAAUUCCUGUUCUAUUCCCUCAUCUCCUGUUUCCAGCAAUACCUGUUCCUCCUCUCCUGCCUUUCCAGCAAUGGGUGCUUCCACACUUCCUGCCUUUCUAGCAAUACCUGUUCUGCUCCCUCACCUCCUGCCUUUCCAGUAAUACCUGCUCUUUCCAUCUCCUGCCUUUCCAAGAAUACCUGUUCCCUCAUCUGCUGCCUUUCCAGCAAUGGGUGCUUCCAUAGCUCCCAUUUCCAAGCAAUAUCUGCUCUUUCCAUCUCCUGCCUUUCCAGCAAUGGGUGCUUCCAAGCUUCCUGCCUUUCUAGCAAUACCUGUUCUGUUCCCCCAUCUCCAUCCUUUCCAGCAAUACCUGUUCCCUCAUCUCCAUCCUUUCCAGCAAUCCCUGCUCCUUCCAUCUCCAUCCUUUCCAAGCAAUACCUGUUCCCUCAUCUCCAUCCUUUCCAAGCAAUACCUGUUCCCUCAUCUCCAUCCUUUCCAGCAAUACCUGUUCCCUCAUCUCCAUCCUUUCCAGCAAUCCCUGCUCCUCCCAUCUCCAUCCUUUCCAGCAAUCCCUGCUCCUUCCAUCUCCAUCCUUUCCAGCAGUCCCUGCUCCCCCAUGUCCCAUUUGCAGCGAUCCCUGCCCCUCCCAGCUGCAGGAGCCCAGGUGUGCAGGGCUCCCUGGGUGCUGCAGGAGUGUGGAGCAGUGAUGGAUGCUCUGUGCCUGUCCCCCAGUGUCCAGCAGGUCCCUCCCUGUGCUUGGGAAAGCUCCACAGAUGCUCCUGUCUCUGUUCUCUGUUUCCCCACCCCUCUGGGCUGAAGAUUUGGGGUUCCCCCCUCAGCACACAGAUUUUGUUCUGUGCACAAGAGCAGCACAGCAGCACUGCAGUGGGGUCUGUGGUGCUGGUGCUGAACCUCCACCUUCCCAAGGAAUGGUUCUGAGGGCAUAAAUGCUUCCCUAGAGAGGGAGGGGACGAGGAAGAGACCCGGGGAAAUGUUCUCAAGUUGCCCAUCUUGAUUAAUCUUGAUUAAUCUCUGUGUUCAGUGACUGAAUCUCCUAUUUAGUGAUUUAUUUGGGGUCCCAGGGGCAGGAGCAGCGUUCCUGCUCCAUGUCCCUGAGCUCUGUCCCUCUGUGCUGAGCCCAGCACAGCCCUCUGUGCUGAGCCUGUUCUGGGCCAGCAGCAGCCUCUCCCUGUUCUGUUUCAAACCCAGCCAUAACAGCCCCCGUGGUUUUGCCUUUCUCCUGGAGUUUGUUUUUCCACUCUGGAGCUGUUCCAGGAGGCUGCAGCAGGGUGCUGUGCUCUGCCUUGCUGCCAGCCCUCAGCUGGGCUUUGCUUCCCCAGAGCUUUGGCCAAUUUCCCCUUGCCUGGUCCUCCUGGCCACGUGUGGGCCAGGAGAGCCACCAAGGCUUGUCCUCAAACUGGAACAGACCUGAGGGAUGUGCAUUCUCCAGUGUGAUGUAGACUCAGCCUUGUCUGGGAGGGAGCCCCAGUUUGGGGUAAAAAUCCUGGAAAAGCAUCCCCAGGUGGGAGAAGUGUUGGGGUUUGGAGUUGUUGGUUUCCCUCUCUUCACGUCUGCAGGAAGUGGGUUCUGUGUGUCUCAUGUUUUAAGAGUUGCAACUAAUGUUUAUAAAGAGCUUGUUAUUUACGUUUUAAGCACUUUAAAAAAAAAUAAAAGUUGUUCAAGCUGUUCCUAGA